GGGCUCGGUGUCUGCUGCCCGGGAAGCUCCUGCGCAGUCUUGGUAGCGCCGGGACGCGGUGGAUGCAGGGCAAUGGUAGGAAGACGCCGCCGGCGUCCCCAAGAAAUGGACAUGGGUACUGGGUCCUCUCCUCCUCUAGGAGGCUUUCUGAGGUGUGGGGGUGCAGCCUCUCAGGGGAGCACCUGGAUGCCCUGCUACUGGAAGGAAUACCCUGGUAUACUGUCAUCUAAAAGGAACUUCAGUUGUUUCCGUGUCUGGUCUGUGAGUGUGACUAAUGCUACAGCAAUCGUGGGAAUGAUGCCAUUUCUUUGGCAAUGUGUUAUUCCUUUGAAUACAUAACCAAUAUUGUAUGUUUGGAUUAUAUCGUAGUUCUGCUUAGUUCUUUGAAAUGGAACACAGAAUAAUUUAUAUUCUCUUUAGCAGUGUACUAGGAUUCCUCUUUUGCCAUGUCCAUGUCUUUUCGAACACUUGUUGUCUGGCAUGGUUUUGAUACUAUUUGCUCUAUACCGAAGCUACAGGAGGUCUGCUGUUUGGAGUAGCCAGUCCCUGUUGGGAUUCGGGGAGUCACCACUGGAAGAACGUUCACAACCUCUUCUGGGGUGACAGGGGUCUGUGACUUUUAACUCUUCAUUAAUGGUGAGAGUUGAGGGCCAACGAUGUGCUUGUGUGUCCAUCUUAAAAGGUCAGUUUUUCCUGUGAUUCAUGGCCAUUUGCACAGGCCCAGUCCCCUCUGCUUCGAGAGUUCUGAGACUUAGAAUUAAUUCCUUGAAACCGAAUACGUUAAAACCAAGACACUUGGUAUGUAUUAAAACUCAUCCCAGGAGGUGGACCUUGUAGAUGGGGUGAGCUGGGGUGAGGGUGGGGAGCUUAGAAAGUGCUGAGCACCCAUUCUGGAUGCCAGAGGUUUUACUCUUUUGUUAUUUUUUUCCUACUAGCUAAUAGUGUUUUUUUUUUAAUAUGGCUGGAUUGAUAUGUGAUUUUUAUGUUGCUCUUAAUACAGACCUCAUAUCCAUAUAAACCUAUCAGUGGUUCUUACUUAUAUUGGGAUGCCUUGGAGUUUGUUAUAGUAUUUGAGUUACAUAAUGUGUGUUAGUAUUAUGUAAUAAUAGCCCAUAAUUGACCAAUCUAGGCCCCCUGCAUCUGGGUGACAGUUGUGUAGCUUGGUCUUUUGUGGGGCCCUGUCCCUGAUCAUAAGCUGGCUCUUUGGAACCUAUUCCCUAUGGUGGGAUGCCUUGUUCAGCCUUGAUGCAGGGAGGAAGAGCUUGGUCCUGCUGCAACUUGAUGUGCCACGCUUUGUGGAUUCCCAAGGGAGACCUCACCCCAUCUGAAUGGAGGUAGAAGGGAGGUUGGGGGAGGGAACAUGAAGAGAGGAGGGAGGGGAAACUGUAAUUGGUAUGCAAAAUAAAAUAAAGGAUAAAAAAGAAUACAGAGAUGAAAUAAAAAAAUACAAAAAAAAUAAUAGCCCAUAAUUACUGUUCUUAUUCUAGGUUAAUUUCAUAUAUACUGUGGAUACACACAUAUACACAAACAUAUAUAUUUUUAUAUGCAUAUAUUGAACCUUCCAGAAAAGUUCCAGGGUUUUGUGAUUCUUUUACUUCUAUUAAAAAUAACCAUGUUGAAAUUCUGAUAGGAUAAUAUUAUUAAUUAAUUUAGGAGAAAAGGUUAUGUUUAUAAAUUUUUCAACACAAACAGUAUAUGUAACUUGGUCAUUUAUAUGUGCCUCUCUGAAUUUUUAUUUUCUCAUAAGUUCUGCCUAUUUCCUUUAUGAAUUUUAUGUCUAAGCGAAAUAUGACAGGCAUAUAAUAUCUAUGCAGAACUUAGUCUGUGCUUCCUUGUUAACUACUCGUAGAAGACCUUGAGUGUGAUUGUCACCUAGGCCACGUAAUUAUUUGUCACUUCCUGAUUGUGUCUCCUCUUGUCUCCACCUCCCAGGAUUUCAGCUUUUGUGUUAUUAUUUCUGUGUCUCCGGUGUUAUCAUGGCACACAUUUAUACCUGCAACAGAAAAUAUUUUGUCUCUUUCAUAGCUGCUUUCUCCAAAGGAAUAACAACUUACACUUCAUUGUCUUGGGAAUCGAACUGAGGUCAUCAGCCGUGGUGUCAAGCCUUUUGUCUCUACCAAGUUUGGGAAGCUGUGGGCAUGUGGACAUUCAUCUGAAGAGGGCCCCAGGUCCCAAGACACCAUUCAGAUAAGAGCCUAGGUCCCAGAACCAUACCACAAAUAGACAGGAGCCAGUGGAUGAGUGGACAGCUGUGAAAUUGGGCUCUAGACAAGUGGAGACCCAGGGUGGUAAGUGCUAGUUAUGUGGGUUUCAAUAGCUUAUGCAUCUACACUUCUGGACUUCCUGGCCCAAAUUCACCAUGUCCUGCCUUCGGUUGCCCUGAUAUCCUCCCUAUGAUUGCCAUAUAAGUUAUAGUACAGAAGAUGAUAUUGCAUAGCCAUUGAAGUUUGUAAGCCUCAUAGCAUGUGUCUAUCACAAACUAUACCACAAUUCACACAUAUUCAUGUACUUUAACUCAGUAGCCCCUUUUACCCCACCCCUUUUCUUUCAGCAAAGCACCUGAUUGGACAGCUCAAUUAUUCCCAUUCCUGUAGAAUGCAGGGAAGAAGGUCAGUCUACAGGCAGAUUCACCUUCCUUUUGUGGAUUCGGUUGGUGUCAUUUGAGGACGUGGCUGUGGACUUCACCUGGCAGGAGUGGCAGGAGCUGGAUGCUGCUCAGAGGACCCUCUACAGAGAUGUGAUGCUGGAGAACUACAAGAGCCUGGUGUGGUUGGGGCACUGUUUAGCCAAACCUGAGUUGAUUUCCAAGUUGGAAGAAGGAUUGGUGCCAUGGAAUGGUGCAGAAACCACAGAACAGUGCCUGCCAGACGUUCAUAAAUGGAGUGCCCUGGCUGAAACAAGAGAGCAAGCUCAAGAGAAGUAUUUAGGCCAACUUGAAAUCACCAAGAGAAAUACAUCAAUUGAAGAUAUGGUUGAAGUAGAAAAAAUAUUCAAUGUGGACUCAAACUGUAUUUCAAAUAUGAACAUGAAGAAUGAAGUCUACUCUAGAAUGUUCUAUCAGGAGCUUGUUAAUCCAUGGCAAGAUGUACCUUUGCCUAGUGAUCCUGAUGAGAGGCAGGUAACAGAAGUAACUCAUGAUUUGAAUGGAAUUCGGGAAGUUCUCUCAUAUCCUGACCAUUUUACUCACCAUAGCAAGAAUCAGUGUUCAGAGGGUCAUUUUCAGUAUUUUGGGCCAGAUGAAGCCUUCCACAUGAACACAACAUUAACACCUAAGAAGUUUCAUGUUCAGGAAACCUCUCGGAAGUUCAGUGAGAAAUCCUUGGAUGAGGUAGCUCUUCCUGCCCAAUAUAUGACUCAGUUAAGAAAGCAAGCUUUGGGAUGGAAUACAUAUCAUAAAAUGUUCCCUAGUAGGAUUGAACUCGGCAACCAUGACAACAUGCACAUGGAAGAGAAAGAUUAUAAAUGUGAUUAUGAGAAACCCAUCCUUAACAAAUCACACCUUACAAAACAUCAGGAAGCACAUGCAGGGAAAGAACCCCAAGGAUGCAAGGAAAAUGUCAAAUUCUUCUGUCUGGAUGCUGAACUACAAACAGUUGAUCAGAAAAUGCACAUAGAGAAACAAAUUUAUGAAUGUAAAGUAUCUGGGAAAACCUUUUACCACGAGUCACAGCACAUUGACCAUCAGAGAGCACACACCUGUGAGAAACCCUGUGAGUGUGAAGAAUAUAGGAAAGCUAUCUAUGAUAAGUCGACCCUCACCCAACAUCAGAGACUUUAUACAGAUGAUAAAUCCUGUGAGUGUAGAGAAUACAGUCAGGCUUUCUACCACAAUUCCUUACUGUCUCAAUAUCAGAGUGCUCACACAGAUGAACAGCAAAAUGAAUGCAAAGAAUUAAUGAAAAUUUACUUCUAUAUAUCAAGCCUCACUCAACAUCACACUCCUACUCUUGAGAAGCCUUAUGGAUGUAAUGAUUGCAUGAAAACUUUCUCCCACAAGUCACAACUCACUCGCCAUCAGAGAACUCAUACAGGGGAGAAGCCCCAUAAAUGUAAAGAAUGCAGAAAAGCUUUCUGUCACAAGUCACACCUUACCCGGCACCAGGGAAUCCAUGCACCUGAAAAACCCUAUGAAUGUAAAGAAUGUAAGAAAGCUUUCUACCUGAAGUCACAGCUCACUCAGCAUCAGAGAACUCAUUCAGGUGAGAAGCCCUAUGAGUGUAAAGAAUGCCAGAAAGCUUUCUUCCGUAAUUCACACCUCACUCAACAUCAGAAAAUCCAUACAGGGGAGAAGCCACACAAGUGUAAAGAAUGUGGAAAUGCUUUUGCCCGUAAGUCACACCUCACUCAACAUCAGAAAACCCACACAGGUGAGAGGCCCUAUGAAUGCAAAGAAUGUGGGAAAACCUUUUCUCGUAAAUCACAAGUGAUGCAACAUGAGACAACUCAUACCGGUGAGAAACCCUAUGAAUGUAAAGAGUGCAGGAAAACUUUCUAUCUUAAGGCAUACCUCACUCGACACCAGGUAAUUCAUAAACCUGAAAAGCCGUUUGAAUGUAAGAAAUGUGGGAAAGCUUUCUCACGUAAGUCAUACCUCACACGCCAUCAGAAGACACAUAGAGGUGAGAAACUGUAGGGAUGCAAAUGAUAAAGAACUUCCUUCAACUAGUCAGACUCAACAGAGGACUUAUACAGAUGAGAAGCCCCAUGCAUGUAGGGAAAUGUCCUGCUGUUACUCCUCAGCCAACAUCAAAAAACUCAUGCCAGUAAUAAACCCUAUAAAUGUCAAAGUAUGAGAAAGUUUUAUACGGGAGUUAUGCCUCACUAUAUGUCAGAAUACAUAAGCAGUUGGGAAGCCAUAGGAAAUGCAGGGAUCUAUGUUUAAGUUACACCUCUCUAUAAGUCAGUGAAUUCAUUUAGUGAUAAACCCUACGAAUAUACACGAUGUAAAGCUCAACACAACAAGAGAUGGCGUAUUCAGGCAUAAAUGCUGUCAAUGUAAACAAUGCAGAAAAGCUUUCCAUCAUAAAAAAAAUCACUUACUGCCUGAGAACUCAUAACUGUGAUGCCAUUUAAGUUCAAACAACAUGGGAAAAAAUGUCAGCAAGUCAGACCUCACUGCCUACCAGAAAAUCACACAGGUGAGAAAACAUGCUAGUCUAGGGAAGCUUAGAGAGCCCUUGGCAAGUAAGGAAUCCCGUGAGUAUGAAUAAUCAGGAGAUGUUUCAAGGAGCACUUGCUUUUCCCCUCAGCUUCUCUGAGCACUGAUGCUUACAUUUCACUUGUACUGAGACAAGGCUAGCCUGGACAACAGAGUAAUACACCCUGUUCUUUUUUUAAGACUAGGUCUCUCUGUGUAAACCAGGCUGGCUUCAAACUCAGAGAUCCAUCUGCCUCUUCCUCCAAAGUACUGGGAUAAAAGGUGUGUCCCACCACGCCUGGCUUGUAAUAAAAAUGUUUUUAAUAAAGAAAGUCCAGUCAAACUAUAUUGGAUCCUCUCCAUAUAGGACACUGGAAACACACCAGUUUGGAACCAUCUGAAAGUACUCUUAAAAACUUUUAGUGGGAUUUGAAGUUUGGCUGGCAUCAGAACACCAUGAAGACAGACAUUCAGGAAGAGCUUAGGGACUUUGCUGCUGUACCUCACUCAUCUGUGCAUCAGAGGUCCAUGCUAGAAGCCUCCAUAUGUCGAGAUUGUGAAGUUCCUCAAAGUCACACAUCUACAGGCAUUGCAGAGGCCAUCUGAAUGUCAACGGUUGAAAAAGGCUGGCAUGUGGUUCACUGUCAGAGUCUGUGUCAUGUGUUACCCAUCCUUUCAAAUUCAUACAAGUAGCCUGUGUUGUCAAAUAUGCUCAAAUUAAUUGCAGUCCAUUGAUAAUGCUUUCUUUGGUUGCAUUCAGUAAAAUAAAUCUUAACGAUUUUUAUUUUUAAUUCAUUUAUUUUUGUAUGUGUGUGUGCAGUGUGUGUACUGCUUGUGUGUGAACAUGGGCAUGCAUGUGCCACGGCAUAUGUCUGAAAGUCAGAGUACAACCCUGGGUGUUAGACUUUGCCUUCCACUUUGAGCCAGGGUCUACGUGUGCCAGACUAGCCAGGAUGCAAGCUUCUGAGACUCUCCUGUCUCCACCUCCAAUCUCACCAUGGGAGUACUGAGAGUACAGAUGUCUGCCACUGCAUCCAGCUUUCCAUGGGUUCUGGAGAUUCAAACUCAGGUCCUCAUGGCAAGUACUUUACUUACAGAGUCAUCUCCCUAGCCAAGUUUUUUGUUUGCUUGCUUUGUUUUAUGUGUUUGAUAUUUUAGCUGAGGGCUUGAAAUAUAGUCAAGGCUGUCUUCAAACUCAUAAUAUAACCCUGGAUAAUCUCAAAGUCUUGAUCCUCCCGCCCAGCCUCAGAUGUGUUUGGAUUACUAACACUUUACUUGGCAUAAAUAAAUAAAUAAAUAAAUAAAUAAAUAAAGGAGUUGGUGCAUAAACAGAUGCUCCAUGCAUCAGAAAUCUGUGGAAGAAAGUAUCAAUUCAUACAACUUGAUGUUAGUUUUCAAAUAGAUUUGUUAAUCGUGGAUUAUGAGUCACAAUUUAAAUUACAGAAAAGUGUUCUAAUAAACAUGAAUGAUGCUCUGUUAUUCCACA